GCGCACGCUCUGGCGGAGCGCGACUGCACGGGGCUGCACGCCAUGCUGGCCGGCAGAGCACUCUCUCCGGAGCACUACUGCACGGGGCUGCACGCCAUGCUGGCCCGCCAGUGCCACACGCUCUCCGCCCUGCUCGCCCCGCCCACACCCGCACCGCCCCAGGGGCCCACCGGGGAGGCCGGGGAGCGCAAGUCGCAGGACCCUGCUGCGGCGGCUGCCUCUGCGGCAGCUGCUGCUGCCAAUGCAGCGGCGCUGAGCAGCGUGGCGCGGCAGAUCCUGCUGCGCCUCGUGCUGCACUCGGGCGUGCUCCGCUCUGGGUUUGCCGAGCGCUGCUGGCUGCUGUGGCGUGCAGGCGAGGGGGCAGGCGGACACGCUUGGGGGGACGGGGACGGGGGCGCAGGAGGUGUUGCAGGAGGGGGAAAUGGAGAGGAGAGAUUGGGAGGGGAAGCGAAGUCGGGUGGAAGGAGGAGAAGAGGUGGAGGUGAGAUGGGAGGGGAAGGGGGGGAAGCUCUGGAACGGGAGAUGGCAGGGUGGGGCAUGGGGGCCGGGAGUGGGGCCUUUGGGGUAAUGGAAGGCGCGGCUGCGCAGUGUGGAGGUGGAGAGGGGAGAGACCAAGAGGGCAACGGCACGCGUGGUGCGCGGCAGGAGGAGGAUGAAGACGAGUGGGCUCGGGAGCUGCGGGCGAUUCUGGCGGGCACGAGGCGGAGCAGGCGGCGCGAGAGGGAGGAGGCGAGGAAGCGGGCUCGGAAGGGGCGGAGGAAGAAGUGGGGGCAGUUUGAAGCGGAGCUGGAGGCCAUCCGAGAGGACGAGGCGGCUGAGAGGCGUGACCAGGGGGAGGGGAUGGAGGGGGAUGGGAUGGGAGGGGAAGAGGGGGAGGAGGAAGGGGUGGGAGAGGAGGAGGGGAGGGGGAAGGGGGGGAGUGGGAGUGAGAAGGCGUCGAUGAGGGAGACGUGGUUUGCUCUGGCGGAGAAGCUUCAGACGAGCCCCUUCUUUGCCGUUGCCCGCAAGAUGCACGUUGGCGCCCUUGAGUGGCGCUCUUGGCAUUCUUGCCGUGAGCCCCGUACCAUCAUCAACUCAGCAGCAGCCGCCGCCCCCGCCGCCGCCGCCGGAGCAGCAGGAGCAGGGGGUGGUGUGGUGGUGUGCAAGGCAGCUGCGGCUGCUCCCCGUGCCACCGUGUCGCUGGCACGGGGUGCAGUGUCGGGGUGGCAGCACAUGCUGCAGCAGCGCAAGAGGGGAGAAAGGGGGCAUGGCCUGGCAGCAAAGGGUUCCCUAGCAGGGAGGGUGGGCGAGGGCGGAGGGGAGGGCCGGGGGGAGGAAGAAUGGGAGAAGGAGCAGAGGGAGGAGAAGGAGGAGGAAGGUGAGGAGGAGGGUGAGGAGGGGGAGUGGGACGUGCGGCGGGUGGUGCAGGCGGUGGAGGGCAGCCGGCAGCAGCUGUUGCAGAUGCCCAUGCAGACCCAUACAGUCAGGGGCCACACAAGGGAAGAAGGGGGGGAUGGAGCAGAGGGAAGAGGUGAGUCGCUGUCGGAGGGGUGUGAGGGGAGUGAGGGGAGUGAGGGGAGCGAGGGGAGUGAGGGGAGUGAGGGGCAUGAGGGGAGUGAGGGGCGUGAGGGCGGGAAGGGCAGUGAGGGCGGGAAGGGCAGUGAGGGCGGGAAGGGCGCACCUUCCUUUGGGUUUUCCACGUCCAAUUCCUGUUCUGACUCUCGCUUGCUCUCCCUCCCUUUCCGUCUCCCUUGCAUCGAUGCUCACUCUCCACCCCUCCUUCCCUCUCUAAACCUCUGCCAUGACCCCCCCCCCCCCCCCCUCUCCCCCUUCCCGUCACACUCCUUCCCCUCCUCACCGCUAUUCUAUCGCCCCCUCUCCUCCUCUCCCGUGUUCCUUGCCCCUGCAAUCCCCCCACUCAUAGCACCGCUGCAGCUGAGGCAGUACCUGCAGCACUGCGAGCGCCACGUGUUUGCCCCCGACGCCACGCGCGGCGCCGACCCCUCCACGCUCGACCGCGAGCUGCGCGCCCACCUGCACGCCGCCCUCCCCUUGCCGCCCGCUCAUGGGGGCGGUGAUCGGGGUGGUGAGGAUGUGGAGAGGGAUGAGAUGGCACAUGAGUGGGGCAGCCGGGGAGCGGAAAGAGGGAGAGGGGAGCAGGUGGACACGGACUCAGGCGGCGAGGAGUGGGGGGAGGAGAUUGGAAGGCGGAAGCAGAAAUGGGGUAGGGAGGGGGGAGAAAAGGAGGGAAAGGGAAAGAAGGCAAGGGCGAGGGGGGAGAGGGCUCGGUGGUUCCCGGUGCGGGUGGAGGAUGUGGAAGCGGACAUGCGGCGCUGCGACUUUGCCAUGGCGCCCCCGCUGCCCCAGGUGCUGUGCUGCCCCAGGUGCUGUGCUGCCCCAGGUGCUGUGCUGCCCCAGGUGCUGUUCUGCCCCAGGUGCUGCUGUGCCGCCCCAGGUGCUGUUGUGACGCCCCAGGUGCUGAUCUGCCGCCUCAGGUUCUCCUCUGCCCCAGGGGCUGUCAUGCCUGAGGGGCUGCUGUGCCCUGCUCAUCGUGGCAGUGAGCUGGUGUUCUUCGAGCGCCCGCGGGCGCACAUGCCGUUCAUCACCCACCCACUUGACCCCUCUCCCUCCUCCCCUCCUUCCCCUCGGCCGCACCACCCACUCCCCCUGCUCACCAGCCCCUGCACGGCACGUGGCAGUGAGCUGGUGUUCUUCGAGCGCCCGCGGGCGCACAUGCCAUUCAUCACCCACCCACUUGACCCCUCUCCCUCCUCCCCUCCUUCCCCUCGGCCGCACCACCCACUCCCCCUGCUCACCAGCCCCUGCGCGGCACCCCAGCGUGGCAGUGAGCUGGUGUUCUUCGAGCGCCCGCGGGCGCACAUGCCGUUCAUCACCCACCCACUUGACCCCUCUCCCUCCUCCCCUCCUUCCCCUCGGCCGCACCACCCACUCCCCCUGCUCACCAGCCCCUGCGCGGCACCCCUGCGCGGCAGUGAGCUGGUGUUCUACGAGCGCCCGCGGGCGCAGAUGCCCUUCAACACCCACCCACUUAACCCCCCUCCCUCCUCCCCCCAUUCCCCCCCCCCCCCCCCCCUUCCCCUCGGCCGCACCAAACCCCCUGCCCACCAGCCCUUGCGCGGCAGUGAGCUGCCCCUGCGCGGCAGUGAGCUGGUGUUCUACGAGCGCCCGCGGGCGCGCAUGCCGUUCCACGAGGUGCAUGCGGACCUCUUUGUGCUGCUGCGAGCAGCGGCGCGUGUGGCGCGGGUGCACGUGAGGGCGCUGCACUUGUGCACCAUGGAGGUCGAGGAUGCCCUCGUGGCUACAGAAGCUGCCUUGCAAUCCAGUAGCAACUGA